GUCUGUUCUGCAGGCUGAAGGCACCUGCCUGGUGACUAUUGUUGCUACUACUGAUGUCCUGGUCCUCCACCAUGGGGGCACAUUGUGUCUGUAGGGAGAACGUAGGCAUGGUGGGGCUUCCUGGACUACGCUACGUGGGGCAUGGCUGUGCACUGUCUACAGGGUCUCAGGCAGCAGGUGCCACCACCCUUGGGCAACUGUCCUGCAGCUCUCCUUCCUGUCCCUGGAGUCCCCUGUGAGGAUAAGGAGAAAGGCUCCUCAGUGGGAGGGGAGCAGGGGUAUGGUCCCGGGCGUGUGUGAGCUCCAUCCCAGCUCCGCAGCCAGAGCUACUGUGGUGGGUGGAAACAGCUUUUACCGCGUGUGGCUGUCACAUGUGGUUUUGGAAUUUUCCAACGCCCCCUAUGAUUGGCUGCCCCGCCCCUUGCACCCUGCCCCAGGCCCAGAUUGGCCACAUGGGGCGCCUGUCAUCUUACCCACGGCACCCCUGGGGGGGGCGGGGUAGGGGGGUUGUCACUUGGCCACCUGUGUGGUGCGGAGCAUAAACCCUUGGCCCAGAAGCACUGGGGAGACCUGGGUGCAGGGCUGCGGGCUGAGGCACCACAGCAGCGAGGGCCUCACCCCCACCUCCACUGCCAGCUGUGUGUGCCCUGUCCCUGGAGCACCCCAGCUGAGGAAGACAGGGAGCCCAGGCCGGGGAAGCUCCGGCUCAGUCAUGAGAACGCAAAUUGAAGUGAUCCCCUGCAAAAUCUGUGGGGACAAGUCGUCUGGGAUCCAUUACGGGGUUAUCACCUGUGAAGGUUGCAAGGGUUUCUUCCGCCGGAGCCAGCAAUGCCACGUGGCCUACGCCUGCACCCGUCAGCAAAACUGCCCCAUCGACCGCACGAGCCGCAAUCGAUGCCAGCACUGCCGCCUGCAGAAAUGCCUGGCACUGGGCAUGUCCCGCGACGGUGAGGCGGAGGCUGUCAAGUUCGGCCGCAUGUCCAAGAAGCAGAGGGACAGCCUGCAUGCGGAAGUGCAGAAACAAUUGCAGCAGCAGCAGCAGCAGCAACAAGAACAAGCAGCCAAGACCCCGCCCGAAGGGGGCCAAGGAGCCGACGGCCUCCCCUACACCUUAGGGCUCCCAGAUGGGCAGCUGCCCCUGGGAGCUUCGCCUGACCUGCCUGAGGCUUCUGCCUGCCCCCCAGGUCUCCUGAGGGCCUCCGGCACCAGGCCCUCGUAUGCCAAUCACCUGGUCAAGCCAGAGGUGGGCGAGGCCUCCUACCACCUUGAAUACAGCCCCGAGCGGGGCAAGGAUGAGGGCAGAGAGAGCUUCUUUGGCCCAGGCAGCCAGCUGACCCCUGCCAGAUGUGGACUGCACUUUGAGCAACCCAGGCAUCCUGGGCUUGGGGAACCAGGCCAGGGCUCGGACAACUACGGCAGCCCCACUUUCCGCAGCACCCCAGAGGCACCUUAUGCUUCCCUGACGGAGAUAGAGCACCUGGUACAGAAUGUCUGCAAGUCCUACCGAGAGACAUGCCAGCUGCGACUGGAGGACCUGCUCCGGCAGCGCUCCAACGUCUUCUCCCGGGAGGAGGUGACUGGCUACCAGAGGCAGUCCGUGUGGGAGAUGUGGGAGCGCUGUGCCCACCACCUCACUGAAGCCAUCCAGUACGUGGUGGAGUUCGCCAAGAGGCUCUCAGGCUUUAUGGAGCUCUGCCAGAAUGACCAGAUCGUGCUGCUCAAAGCAGGAGCCAUGGAAGUGGUGCUGGUGAGGAUGUGCCGGGCCUACAAUGCCGACAACCACACCGUCUUCUUUGAAGGCAAAUACGGAGGCAUGGAGCUGUUCCGAGCCUUGGGCUGCAGUGAGCUCAUCAGCUCCAUCUUUGACUUCUCCCGCUCCCUGAGCGCCUUGCGUUUUUCUGAAGAUGAGAUUGCCCUCUACACAGCCCUCGUUCUCAUCAAUGCCAGCCGGCCAGGUCUCCAAGAGAAAAGGAAAGUGGAACAGCUGCAGAGCAAUCUGGAGCUGGCCUUUCACCAUCAUCUCUGCAGGACUCAUCGUCAGGGCAUUCUGGCAAAGCUGCCGCCCAAGGGGAGGCUCCGGAGCCUGUGCAGCCAGCAUGUGGAAAAGCUGCAGCUCUUCCAGCACCUCCACCCCAUCGUGGUCCAAGCUGCCUUCCCCCCACUCUAUAAGGAACUCUUCAGCACUGAGUUGGAACCCCCAGAGGGGCUGUCCAAGUGACCUGCCUGACAGACGGCUCGCCGGCUCACCUCCCUAGAACCCCGUCCCAUUCUUAGCUCCCUUCCUGGCCUGUCCAACAUCCUCUGGAGGGAUGCCCCAUGCCUGUUCUUUGGGAACAAACAUGAACACCCAGUUUGGUUUCCUGCCCAGAGACUGGCACCUGACCGCAGAAUGCCGACAGAGGGUGCGCAUGAAGUGCUGUCUCCAGCCUUGGUGUGGUCCUCUCAUAAUGGCAUACCCUUCACCUCCAGCUUCCAGGAGGUGUGGUGUGGUCUGGGAUACAGGGACCUCCAAAAGGACCAAGGCUCCCUGGGUGACCAGAACUGAAGCCUGGGCGUGGAAGCUACCAGUAGCCUUUGAAAUACCUCAUUGUUUCCCAUGGGCUGCAGCUGGGGGGAAAAGGCUGGUGCUCAGAGACGGACAGCCAUGGCCCAGAAGCACCUGUACAGGAUCUGAAUCUGGAUUCUUCAAUCACCUGCCUUCCUCCUCUCUCCCAGCUCAGCAUCAAAGUGGUUGGACAACCUGCCCCUUCCCUGGGAGUCUAAACAAACCAGCAAAUAUGGAGAGUAAACACCAUGGAGGGUUAGAGGUUGGGGUAAUUGUUUCAUGGGACUCAGGAUGCAGGAGGGGGAGGUCCAAUGAAGGCCAAGAGCAUCCCAGACCGAUGCAGAAUUAGAACUCAGACCUCGUCAGUGCACUUUACAGACAUAUGUCAGGGUUAGCACAGAUCUGAUCAGAGGCGGACAUCCACGCACAGGUGAAACACACAGACGCUCUUAUGAUCCUUCAAAAUCUCUUCGCUCCUGGAGGGCUCGGCUCUCAGGCAGCCUGGUGGCCCUGGGGCAGGAGGCAGAGAAAGGAGAAAGUCCCAGUCCGCAGCGCCCCCAGAACAUUUUCAGCCUACCAGUCUUGAGACCUGGCGUGGUCAUACGGCCAUCCCUGCUGGGGCAUCUCCUGCCGAAAGCAGGGGUGGCUGGACUUUCCAGGCCCUGGCCUCCAGCCUGGCUUUCAUCAGGGAAGCAAAGGUGGUGCCAGCAUUCUGGGAGCGGGACCCCCAGACCCUGGUGGCAGUGAGACAGCAGAUCCGUGGGCACAGGGCUGAGAUGGGUUUCUCCAGCUGCCAAGUUGCUUCUCUCAUCCUUCUCUGAGGGAUAAGCUGCAGAUGAUGGGGGAUAUGGGGGAGGGGGGAUGGUUUCUCCCCUCGGGGAGGCGGGCUUUAGCUGAGUAAACAUAAACCCCACCUUGCGCCAUUCUUUAUAAAA